UGUCCACCCUUUUUGGUUUUUCUCCUUAUUACAGAGCCCCUUUAUUGAUGGUGGUCUGUUUCUCCUUUUUCUUCUGCAAGCACUGCACCAACUAAGCCUUCUUUUUCAACUUUUUUGAGGUUGGUUUUUCUUCCAAUCCUUAAGGAAAGCUAAAGAAAAAGGUAGAGCCAUGUCAGGCUUGUAUAAUCCCAACUAUUCACCUGCUAGAGCAGCUUCUCCUCAGAUUAGGAGCACCCCAGAAGACAGUCAGUACCUACAAGAGUUGCUGGCAGAGCAUCAAAAGCUUGGACCCUUUACACAAGUGCUUCCCAUAUGCAACCGCCUGAUAAAUCAAGAAAUAUUAAGAGUUUCUAGAAUGUUGUCCAACCAAGGUUUUGGUGACUUUGAUAGACUGCGGCAUAGAAGCCCUAGUCCUAUGGCUUCUUCAAACAUCAUGUCAAAUGUCAGUGGGACAGGUUUGGGUGGAUGGAAUAGUCUUCAGCAGGAGCAGAGAUUUAGUGGACCCCCUGGAAUGACAAUGGACUGGCAAGGUGCCCCUGCAAGCCCUAGUUCAUUUACUGUUAAGAGAAUCUUGCGCCUGGAAAUUCCAGUAGAUACAUACCCUAAUUUCAAUUUUGUUGGAAGACUUCUGGGACCUAGAGGCAAUUCUUUGAAACGGGUAGAAGCUACUACUGGUUGCCGUGUAUAUAUUAGAGGAAAAGGAUCCAUAAAGGAUCCUGACAAGGAAGAGAAAUUACGAGGAAGACCAGGCUAUGAGCAUCUCAAUGAACCUCUACACAUUUUGAUUGAGGCUGAUUUACCUGCUAAUGUUGUGGAUGUAAGGCUCAGGCAGGCUCAGGAAAUUAUAGAAGAACUGCUCAAGCCCGUGGAUGAGUCACAGGACUUUAUCAAGAGGCAGCAGCUGCGCGAAUUAGCUAUGCUGAAUUCAAAUUUCAGAGAAGAGUCACCAGGGCCAAGUGGCAGUGUGUCCCCAUUCAAUUCUAGUGGAAUGAAGCGUGCAAAACCGGGUCGCUAAACAAUGUUACCUUGAUGAUGGUGUAGAUGGACAUUGUGGUCCUCCUCCAGCUAUUCAUUGCUGAGAAUAUCUUCCAGUACAUGUCUCAUUCAAUGCAAAGCUAUAAAAGCAUAGGCUAACAAUUCUUGCUGGUUAGCAUUCUGGUGGUUUUUACCUAUCCCUUUUGUCCCCACCCUGAACAGAAAGGAGACAAAGCUGGAAUGAAGAACUUUUAAAAAAAGAGAAAUUUUAUAUAGUUGGGUAUUGAAAAUAGUUUUGUUCAAAUCAACCCCUUUUUUUUUUCCUUGUUACAUUCAUUGGAUUUAUUCUUGCUUGAGAAGCUUGGAAUAUAUACAUGUGAUGAUGGUGGUGGUGGUGGUGAAGUUUUAGGAGGUCUAAGACAAUGAAGUGUUGUUGGCAUGUGUCAUGUGUCAAGUUUCAUGGUAUUUUAAUAUUUUAUAAGUUAGCAUAGGUUGGAUUCUUUUUUUAGUUGCUUUGUCACAAGCAUUUGUAUUCUCUUUUGAGAGGUAUGCACUGUAGUUGGAAUGAUGCAAGUCCUAUAAACAUCUUACCAUGUACCAUUAAAGAAAAAAAAAUGUGGUAUUGUUUAUAUAGAUGGUACAUAUGAAUGAUCUGCAGAUUA